AUGACUAACGAAGUAUGUGUGUUUAUGGACAUUGAUGAUGAAUGGGCCCUACAGGACAUUACUUCACAAAUCGAAGAAUUUCGAAAGGAUAAAUCGCCUGAAAUAGACUGCGAGUUUUCAUCUGCGCCAGACAUUGCCAUUAAAAACACCGUUAGACUCCAGCGAAUUUCCAUCUAUGCCACUCUCACUUUGGAACACGCGAUAAAACAUGAAUUACUUAUCAUCAUACCGUGGAUUGUUUUGCAAGAACUAGAUGGUUUAAAAAGUAGGCCAAACAGGACUUACAAUUUUUCCGAUUGUACACAGCCGGAUCUACAAAAAUUGGCACAAAAUGCUAUUUAUUUCUUGCAUAACUGCCUGGUCGACAGAAUGGAUGGUAUACGAGGGCAAAGGCUUGAUGAAAAAAUAGAGAAACACGACUGCAAUGACGAUAAAAUAUUAGAUUGUUGUAGUGAGGAAACGAUAAAAGCCGAACAAGAUAAUGGCGUGAAAUCAUUGUCCAAAUCUUUUAGGCAAGAACGUUGCAUCAAUCCUAAUGUAGUUUACAAUAAAGAGUCAGAAAGAUUUAUAGAGGACACCGAUACAAUAAUGAUGGACUGUGAUGAUUCUUUACAAGGUGCAUCACCUUCUACUCAAAAUUCAGAGCGUUGUGUACUGAUACCAAUAUCUCAUACAUAUAAUAACUCGAUGCCCUCAGAAGUCGCUCCUAGACCGCAAUUACAAUCGCAGCAUUCUGAUCAACCACAUUCACCCACCUCUAAUUUUUAUAAUAACCAUUUUGAUCCGGCAUCGUUAUCCUUGUAUAACUCCGUUCAUGCAUCAUCAAAUCACAGAAGUAAUGCGCAAACAAAUAAGGCAAAUGACGAAUACUUACGGAAAUAUUCAGCAGGAACAUCAUUACAUUCUCUCUAUGCGUCUAUUCAUGCCUCAAAAAAUUUCAAAGCAUCUGAAACUCCUACCAUCAGUGACUCGGAUAACAAGGCCCAGGAAGUUGAUGUGAUUUCUAUGAUGAUUUCAAGGACUCCGGCAGUUCCUAAGAGAUUAUUGUCAAAUAACAUAGGACCACGUCAUAAACAGCUCGUUGACAAAAUAAUGAUUGAUCUCCACACAUUUCUUUUACCCGCAAUAUUAUUCCAUUUUCAAGAUAACUUUGGACAAGACUGGACUUACAUUAUAAAGGAAUCUCAACCAUGGUCCUUACAGACAAUGAUAAAAUUUAUUGAUCGUUAUUGGAUGACAGUUUUUUCGGACAUUUUUCAAAGGUCUCGUAAAAUUAAAGAGGUCACUAUUCCCAGUCUACUCUAUUUCAUACACACGUGUCAACAACAAAGCGUGAAUAAGCUCACCAUACAAGAAAUGAUGCAAUUCAUACAAAACUCGGAAGUUGUCCUGAUGGCCAUUUAUGAUGGGGUAGAGGGAACCAUUCGGUCAGCUUCUGAAAGGGAGAUC